GGAGGUAAUUCUUGAGUCAAGGUCUUGCUUAAAACGUUCUGUUUAUUGGUUAAACGCCAUUAGUUUCCUGCAUGUUUGGGCGCUGUUUGACACGGUUGAGGCCGAUACGGAACGUCCGGAUAUGCUUCUUGAGCAAAACUGAACCCUGUUACUGCUGCCUCUCACAAGAACAAGACCCUGCGGCUGCUAAAACUUGUCCGUUUGUAUCGCUCAAUACUAUCAAGUCGCUACACACUGCUAUUGCAUAUUUUUGUUCAUGUCAACCCCAGAAAGAACUUAGGAUGAGGCAGCUGAAUUUCGAUAACCAGGCACUCAAGUGCCUGCCGUUUGAUCCUUCGGACGAUGUGAAAACGCAAAGACCCGUUCCUAAUGCGUGUUUUUCCAAGGCACAACCGACCCCUGUCGAGAACCCGGUGAUGGUUGCUUAUUCUUCGUCUGCUUUAGCCCUGCUGGGGUUAAGUGUUGAGGACAUUGAGACAAAUGAGGCCGUGGAAUAUUUCAGUGGAAAUAAAAUAAUGAAGGGUUCGGAACCAGCUGCCCAUUGCUAUUGCGGGUAUCAGUUUGGUCUAUUUUCGGGUCAACUCGGAGACGGAGCUGCUAUGUAUCUUGGUGAAGUUAUAAACGAUAAGAGUGAACGAUGGGAAAUACAACUGAAAGGGGCUGGCCUUACACCAUUCUCUCGUGGUGCCGAUGGCAGGAAAGUACUACGCAGUAGUAUACGAGAAUUUUUAUGCAGUGAGGCUUUUCAUUACCUGGGUAUUCCAACCACCAGGGCCGGAACAUGUAUAACAUCAGACUCUACAGUUGUAAGAGAUAUUUUCUACUCGGGCAACCCUAUCCACGAAAAAUGUACGAUUGUCCUCCGUAUUGCUCCAACGUUUCUCCGGUUUGGAUCAUUUGAAAUUUUCAAAGAAGAAGAUGAUCUAACCAAGCGAUCUGGACCCAGCACUGGCAACAAGGAGCUAUUAUUUCAGUUGUUGGAUUAUUCAGUCAAGUCUUUUUAUCCUGAGAUCUGGUCAGAACAUCAGAAUGACAAACAGCAAAUGUAUUUGAACUUCUACAAAGAAAUCGUAAAAAGGACAGCAAAACUGGUGGCGGCAUGGCAAUGCGUUGGCUGGUGCCAUGGUGUAUUGAAUACAGACAAUAUGAGUAUCUUGGGUUUAACAGUCGACUAUGGACCAUUUGGAUUCAUGGACAGAUUUAAUGACGAUUUCAUUUGUAAUUCAUCUGAUGGAGAAGGCCGAUACUCUUACAGUAAACAGCCAGAGAUCUGUAAAUGGAACUGUCGCAAACUGGCAGAAGAUAUCCAAGAAGCUGUGCCACUUGACAAGACUUUGCCCGAGUUGGAAAACAUCUUUGAUAAAACAUUUAAUGACGAAUACUUUGGAAUGAUGAAGAAAAAGCUUGGCUUCCAAAAAGACCACAAAGAGCUGAACAAUAUUGUUAAAGAUCUUCUUAAAACUAUGUCCUCAACUGGAGCAGAUUUCACAAACACUUUCCGUUUCCUGAGUAAAUUAGCUGUUCCAGGAGGGGAAGGCAAUGGCCUUGAUGAAGCACUUGAAUACCUUGUUUCAAACUGUUCAACCAUUGAAGAACUUAAAGCUGACUGCCAGCUUCGAGUGAACUCAAGAGAUUUUAACUUAAUUUUGGCAAUUGCUCAAACCAACCCAGACAUUUUAACACAACUUGGACCGGAGGUUCGUAAAGUUUUUAAAGAGUUGGAAAGAAUUGAAAAUGCCAGGAAACUUGCUGACAGGUCUCAGGAAGAGAAGGAACAGAGUGACAAGACAGAAUGGAAGGCAUGGUUGGAGCAAUAUCUUCAGUUAUUGCAGACUGAAGCCAGUGAAGAAGACGAUUUGGAAGGAUUCUGCAAGAAAAGGGUUCACCUUAUGAAUAGCGUCAAUCCAAGGUUUGUACUACGCAACUAUAUCGCAGAGAAUGCUAUAAAAGCUGCCGAAGGUGGUGAUUUCUUUGAGGUGCGCCGGGUUUACAGUCUUCUUCAAAAUCCUUACACUGACAGCACAGAAGUGGAUGAGGUUUCUACAAACAGAUUAGAUAUAUCUUCAAAUACUGAUAACACUGAUCAAGCUUCUUCAUCUUGUGAAGGUGCCGUUGCAGCAGCGGCCGCAGCAGCCGGUCUUGAGGACUCCAGUGUUUACAGUUCCUCAGGAUUCAGUUAUGACUGCAAACCUCCAAGUUGGGCUUAUGAUAUACGUGUCUCCUGAUCUUCAUAAAUUAUCUCUCAAUACUGCACCGUAGAAGCACUUGUUACUCACAAAUACACUUUAUUAAUAUUCUUGAGGGUGGCCAGCUGGCAGAAUCGUUAGCAUGCUGGAUGAAAUGCUUAGCGGUAUUUCACCCGUCGCUACGUUCUGAGUUCAAAUGCCAUCAAAGUCAACUUUGCCUUUCAUCUUUUCGAAGUUGAUGAAAUAACUACCAGUUACACACAGUUAUUAACUAGACCCUUCCCUCAAAUUCCAGGCCUUGUACCUAUAGUAAAAAAGGAUUAUAUUCUUGAGGGUGGGAGGACAAGUUCAACAAAGUUAUGUCUGGCCAUUUAGAAUAAGGAACUCAAAGAUAAGUCUGACAAAGGAUAAACAUUUAAUCCCUAAUUGUUACUUCAACAAAAUGUGUUUUGUUCAACAAACAAUUGCAUUGAAUGUUUACACUUUAGUAUAGUUGUUUAUUAUAUUAUCACUUCCACUUUAUCCAACAUUUUUAUCACUAGGGAUAACAUCCACCUGUUGUCCACCUCUAUAUUCUAUAAACCCCAUUUAUUCUGACUUCUGUAUCAACUAUUCUUCCAUCUUCACCAACUGCACAAUAAAGACCCCCCACUACUGCCACCACAACAACAACAUUCACUCUAAAUCUAAGGAGAUCCAACACUUUCUCAAUUGUGGCUGUCCUUGAUUUGUUGUGAAUAUUGCACAUUACUAAGCCAGAGCUAUUAGUCAUGCCAUCACACUCGUGUUGAGCAUAUAUUUAACUGCAGACUAGCUUCCCUUCUAUUUUACAUCUUGUCCAUCUUCUACUUAAUAUCUUGUCCAUUUUCCACUUAAUAUGCAUGCCCCUCCAUAACUUCUACUUUCUAUCCUCCAAGCUUUUGAUUCCCAAUCUUUCCCUGGCCACUUCUCUACGCCACACAAUUACUUUUCUGUCAGACAAAGGGUCAAUCUUCAAAUAUCAGAACCGCUUCUUUCCAUAUACAAAUUUAACAAAAUUUAGAUUUACUACAACCUACAUGGUCGACGGAGGGCACAAGAACACAGAGUAUUUGUAUGAUUAAAACCCUUAAUCCAGUAAACUAGUGAGUGACCUUAAGCUUACGGGUAAACAAGAAUUGAACUUUGGUGCUCAAAAUGCUCUGGCUCUGCUGAACUUCAAUAGAAUAUUACAGUAACAGUUUUUGCCACAAGAAGUAAAUAAGUAAUAAUUCUUAUUACUAAUGUUGUGUUUAGCGUGACAGAGAUAUAUCUUAACACAGUUUUUCUAAGAAUAUAGAAUUAACCAUAUUUAAAUUAUCACACAGACCUUAAUUAAUAUUUAGUGUGAACAAGUGCUUCUAUGGUGCUGAAAUAAGCCAAACAGAUUGCUAAGAAUGUUGGGGAAAAGAUCUUGGAGAAUUAACAAACUUGAAAGUCAUUAUCAAAAAAAUAAUUUCUCAUAUCAUAAAGUUUUUGCGUCUACUCCCACCCACCCCUUCAUUCUGCAUUAUUAAAACAGAUAGGUUAAGAAGUACUUAGUUGUCCAUUUCCAUUAUUUGGAUCCUGGUUCUUCACAAAGAUAUACAAAGGAACUAAACAUUAAUUCAUACUAACAAUUGCAGGAUUAAUGAACCCUAAUGUCGCUUUCUCUUCGUUAAUAACAAAAUAAAUUCCCUGAUUAUUAUUAUUGUUAUUAUUGAGGCGGUAAGCUAGCAGAAUCGUUAGCACACUGGGCAAAAUACUUAGCGGCAUUUCGUCCAUCUUAAAGUUCUGAGUUCAAAUUCCACCAAGAUCAACUUUGCCUUUCAUCCUUUCAGGGUCAAUAAAUUAAGGACCCAUCAAGCACUGGGGUCACUGUAAUCGACUAGCUCCCCACCCCUUUCCCAAUUUCAAACUUUGUGCCUAUUGUAGUAAGGAUUAUUACUAUAAUUAUCAUCAUCUCCUAAAAUUGCUGGCCUUGUGCCAAAAUUUGAAACAUGGGCAUUGAUUGAGCUGGCAGACCAAAAAUGUUUAGCAGCAUCACUUCCAGCUUCACAUUCUGAAGUUAAAUGCCACUAAGGUUGAUUUUACCAUUCAUUCAAAGUACCAGUUAAACACUGGGGUUGAGGUUUAUGUUAGAAACAAAUAUAAUAAUUGCCAUGAUGAAGGCAGAGGAUUGGCAGAAUUGUUAGCACAGCAGACAAAAUGACUUGUGGACCUUUAUGUUCCGAGUUCAAAUUCUGCCAAGCUUUUCAUCAUUGCAAUAAAAUAAAAUACCAGUUACGUACUGGGCUCAGAGUAAUCAAUCAUAUCCCUCCUCCAAAUUUAAGGCUACGUGCCUUUGUUAGAAAUUAUCAUCAUCAUCGUUAGGCGAGUUAAUUUUAUUGCAAACUGCUGACAUCAAUUACAGAUUAUCCAUUAGCAGAAUUAUCAGAUAAUCUAUCUAACCACAUUAUUAUUGUUUUUGUUUAUAAACAUUUAAAAUCCUCAUAAUUCAGUUUGUUCAAACAUAAAAUUAUUAUAUUGAUAUUAUAUCGGAUAUUAGAAACUAAGGAAAAUUGCAAAAUGAUUAGGUUCACUAAGAUCAUAAAGAUUAAAUGUUUAUCAGAUUAAUCAUCUUAAAAUAUUCAUCUUAUACUUCACUAAUUACUUUUCAUGUUUGUUAAUCCUUCAUCUUUUUCCUUGCUGAUGUAUGAUGGGUUUUGCUUAAUCUCUCAAGAGGGGCAAAUCCUUGACGAAGCAGUCAAAAUUGGCUUUUUUUUUUUUUUUUUUUUUUAAAUCAACUUUAAACAGUCUAAACAUACUAUUAAAGAAAUAUGAUUAAAUCAGCUUUUCUUUUUUUUUAAAUAUUUACAAAACGAUUAAUAAAAUUUUCUUAUAACAAAA